AAGAAAGUGGUUACGUAGUAGUGCUUUGGAUCCGUCCGUUCCACAUUUCUUGGUGUUGUUGACAGGACUGAAAGCGUAUCUGUUACAUCGUAAAAUGAAGACAUUUUAGGAUUUAUCUUGAUUCAAUUAGUUAUUUUUGGUACUAAUAUGGACUAGCUUGGAAUCAUGGUUGUGAAUUCAGUGCAUUGGUUCCGUAAGGGACUGCGGUUACACGAUAAUCCGGCUUUACAGGAAGCUCUAAAUAGCGCAGACACUGUGCGAUGUGUUUAUAUUUUGGAUCCGUGGUUUGCUGGUUCCGCCAACGUCGGCAUCAACAGAUGGAGGUUUCUGCUGGAGUCUUUGGAGGACCUGGACAGCAGUUUGAGGAAGCUCGAUUCUAGGCUGUUUGUGGUGCGAGGCCAACCUGCUAACGUGUUUCCCAGUCUCUUUAAGGAGUGGAACGUCACCCGGUUGACCUUUGAGUAUGACUCUGAGCCCUAUGGGAAGGAGAGAGAUGGAGCCAUCAUUAAAAUGGCCCAGGAGUUUGGAGUGGAGACCAUAGUGAGGAAUUCUCACACACUCUACAACUUGGACAGGAUCAUUGAGAUGAACAACUGCCCUCCACUCGCGGUCAAGAAUCACCCGAUCGUUGAGAUGAACAACGGCAGUCCUCCGCUGACCUUCAAGAGGUUCCAGGCCUUAGUGAACAGGCUUGAGCUGCCUAUGAAACCCCUGCCCACCAUCACACAAGAACAGAUGGGCAGUUGUCGGACGAAGAUCGCUGAUAACCACGACGAACACUACAGUGUCCCCUCUCUGGAAGAGCUUGGAUUCAAGACUCAAGGCCUGGACCCUGCGGUGUGGAAGGGAGGGGAGUCUGAAGCACUAGAGAGACUCAACAAACACUUAGACAGAAAAGCCUGGGUAGCUAGCUUUGAGCGAGCCAGGAUCAACAUGUGUUCGCUGAUCGCCAGUCCCACGGGCCUCAGCCCCUAUCUACGCUUUGGAUGCUUAUCAUGUCGAGUCUUCUACUACAACCUGAGGGAACUCUACAUGAAGUUGCGGAAGAAUUGCAGUCCCCCGCUCUCUUUAUUCGGCCAGCUCCUGUGGAGAGAAUUCUUCUAUGCAGCGGGAACCAACAACCCUAACUUCGACCGGAUGGAGGGCAACCCCAUCUGUGUUCAGAUCCCCUGGGACCAUAACCCUGAGGCCCUGGCCAAGUGGGCAGAGGGGAGCACAGGCUUCCCCUGGAUAGAUGCUAUCAUGACCCAGCUGAGGCAGGAGGGCUGGAUCCACCACCUGGCCAGACACGCAGUGGCCUGCUUCCUGACUCGGGGAGACCUGUGGAUAAGCUGGGAGAGUGGCAUGAGGGUGUUUGAGGAGCUGCUCCUGGAUGCAGACUGGAGUGUGAACGCAGGCAGCUGGAUGUGGCUCUCCUGCAGUGCCUUCUUCCAGCAGUUCUUCCACUGUUACUGCCCUGUGGGCUUCGGAAGGAGGACAGACCCCAGCGGAGACUACAUCAGGCGCUACAUUCCUAAAUUGAAGGACUAUCCCAACCGAUACAUCUAUGAGCCGUGGAGAGCCCCAGAGUCUGUCCAGAAGGCAGCCAACUGCAUCGUGGGAGUAGACUACCCCAAGCCCAUGAUCAACCACGCAGAGGGCAGCAGGCUCAACAUAGAGAGAAUGAAGCAGGUCUACCAGCAACUCUCCCACUACAGAGGCCUCAGUCUCCUGGCAUCUGUGCCCACCAUUCAGGAAGAGGCAGAGCCUCCCCCGACAGAUGACUCUCAGGCCAGUAGCAGCACCUGUGAGUCACCCCCACACACUUCGUCUGCCCAGUCCAACACUCUGAAGAGAGGCAGGUCUUCCGAACCACAAAGCACCCAGAUGUGCACCCACACAAAACACCAGCACACCAGCACUGCCAAAGGAGACCAGGUGCAGCAACAGGAGCAAUGGGAGGAACAGUCAGAGCAUCAGCCAGUGGAUCUGCAGUGACACACGGAUCUUGCCAUGUGGGAUGGUGUAUAACAGAAGGACAUGGCAGAAGACCUCUGAUGUCCUGCGCUCACCCCUAUCCUUGUGGCAAGACGAGUCACUUACACACACACACACACACCGAGCGUUUUACAAACCAUAACCACUUUCUAAAAUCUAAGAAUAACAGCAACUCCAGAUCAGUGUUAAAAACAGUACCAUACUGGCUAAUAAUGUAUGUGUAUACAGCAAGGUUACAAUGAAGUUUGUUCUAAGAAGGUUAGUUCUUACACCUUUCAGCUUUCCUAAUCUAGCAUUUAAAAUCAAAUCAAAACAUUUACCACAACAUUUUAUUAGUGUGUGAAUAACCUCUUUAAGACUGCAAUAGACCCUCAAAGAUAUUAACCUUAGUGUUAAGAACUCCCUGGGCAAUCUCAAACUGGGGGAAAUGUUUUAAAUCCCCCAAAAACUGAACACGUGCGUGUAAAUACGCAGGUCAAAUGGUCUAUAAAGAUUUGAUACGAUUUUUAUGUGCAUUUCAAAGAUGUGGAUAUUUGUUGCGAACAACCUCCAUUCUCAACAUGUGCGUGUCUCUGAUUCCACUGUCCAUAUAUCUGUUUGCUAUUUUGCUGUAUGUUAUUUUGACUUCUAUCACAAUGAUGUGAUUGGUCUGUAAACUAAUAUUUUGCCUGUGGCAGAGAAUAUAUAUGAUCAAUCAGUGAAAUAACUAACAAUUGUUGGUGCCCUUCAAUAAAGCUAUAGAGAAUCAUAUUCUAUCAAACCUUACUGGAAAAAGAACGACACCCACCUGUUUCUACCCAUCAUGGGUAGUGAGGCUGCGGUCACACACGGAUGAAAAAUGCAUAUGCAUCCGUCACUGUCCAUUCACCUCAUUUAAACUGCUUAUGUAAAAGAAAAAUGCACAGGACAAAACUGCUGAUAGACAUUUCUCAUUUCUAUACCACAUCAACCUACAGAAAAACCUUUUGGCUCAAUAUGUUUUAGAUUUUGUGAAUCCAUCCAUCAGGCUACAACACUACAGUUAAUGAUAAUGCUGUCUACUAAUACAAUAAUGACUUGUUUCAAUGAAAUACCAUAUGUGUAAAGGAUUUAUAUUAGUUCCCGCUAUAUUCUGUGUAAAUCAGCCUUGUGUGUGUCUCUCUCUUUCUUUUUUAUAUAUAUGUUAUUGUUAAAUAUAUCUUUGUCAAAACAAACAUGACUUUCCCUAAAACCUUGGUAGCAUUCAGAUCAUUUUAAGUCCAUUGGUAGGCUAUUUAUAUUUUCCAUUAACACAGUCACCAUCUUCUGAUCGUUUUGUCAGUCACCAACUAUUGUACAUCCCAAGCAAAAGUGUACGUUCACUAUAAUUUAAGUUGCCAUGAUGAGCUUUUGUUGAAUAGUUGUAUUUAUUUGUUUUGAAUUGUACAGGAGUUUAUUUUCAUUAAAGCCCUGAUAGAAUUGUGACCCAUUUCACCAUUCUUGGUUGUAAUUGUUUUAUGGACCUUACUAUCACAUUCUGGAAUUCACUAUUGUAAUGAUGACAAUAACUGUAGAAGAUAUAGUUUGUAAUAAAUGUCAUUGCGUUGUAUAUUUA